GCGACCAAGCAGUUCCUGGAGGAGAUCAACAAGUGGACGGGCCAGUACAAUGUGUCCCCGCUCUCCUGGAACGUGGCCGUCAAGUUUCUCAUGGCCCGCAAGUUCGACGUCCUGCGGGCCAUCGAGCUCUUUCACUCCUACCGGGAGACACGGCUGAAGGAGGGCAUCGGAAAGCUAAAGCCGCACGAGGAGCCGCUGCGCUCGGAGCUGCUCAGCGGCAAGUUCACCAUUCUGAGCGUGCGGGACCCCUCGGGAGCCUCCAUUGCCCUCUUCACGGCCAAGCUGCACCACCCCAGCAAGAGCGUGCAGCACGUGGUGCUCCAGGCGCUCUUCUACCUGCUGGACCGAGCGGUGGAGAGCUUUGAAACCCAGAGGAACGGGCUGGUGUUCAUCUACGACAUGGCGGGCUCGCAGUACACCAACUUCGAGCUGGACCUCAGCAAGAAGAUCCUCAACCUGCUGAAGGGUGCCUUCCCGGCUCGGCUCAAGAAGGUUUUCAUCGUGGGAGCGCCCAUGUGGUUUCGCGUGCCCUACUCCAUCAUCAGCCUGCUGCUGAAGGAGAAGCUGCGGGAGCGGGUGCAGAUGGUGAAGAUGUCGGAGCUGAAGGAGCACCUGGCACCCUACAACCAGGAGAAGAACCGGUACGGGGACGUGCCCUGCCUGGACCAAACCCGCGUCAAGCUGGCGAAGCCGUACAGCCGCCCGGAGGUGAGGGGGCUGGCGGACGCUGCUGGGCGAAGGGGCUCGCCCAAACCCCUCAGGUUUUGGGCUGACGUGCGGGCUGUCCCUGCAGGGCCUCUGGAAAACACCUACGGUGACUUCUGGCGCAUGGUGUGGGAGCAGAACGUCCUGGUGAUCGUGAUGACGACCCGGCGGGAGGAGGGAUGCAGGAGGAAGUGCGGCCAGUACUGGCCCCUGGAGAAGGAUUUCCAGAUGUGCUUCGGGGCCCUGACCAUCACCAACCUGGGCGUGGAGAACCUCAACCAUUACAAGAAAACCAUCCUGGAGAUCCACAGCUCGGAG